AUGGACCCGAUUGACCCUUCCAAACUCAUUCGGUGGGGGCGCGGGGAAGCCCGCUCCCCCGACGGCAAGAUCUACGGGAACGCCGUCGACAACGACUGGUACUGCGAGAGGACGUACAUGCAGAAAUUCGGGCACUUGUUCACCUCCAGGAUCGAGUUUAAGAGGAAGCUCGAGGGGGACAAGGUGAUGCUCGACGGUUUCAUGAAGCACCGCAAUGACUUCAUCGACUCGGGCAGGGGCACGGGCAAAUGCCGCUUCCCAAGGUCUUCCGCAGGCAGCGGCAACCCAGUCAAGGUCUCCCGCAAAACGACGGCCAAGACAGAGCUCAAGGCCCCGAACGAUAAGUUCUACACGGAGAAGCACUACAAAGAGACAUUCGGCUGGCCCAUACAAAAGGCAAACGGUCACCGCCGCGUGAAGUUCGGGCCGCACAAGGGGAUCGCAGUGCCUGGAGAUCAGGUCAUGGACCAGCCGUGGGAGAUCAUCAACACGUACGGCAAGGGCUUGGAGAUGGAGGAUGGCGGGGCUGAAGUCGUUACAGAUGGAGAGGACGAAGAUGGCCCUGGCGGCGAGACCAAGUUCGAGGAGCUCGUGGAUCAGCACUUGGAGCAGUACUCGGAGAUGGUCAAGGGCAAGACUCACGGGGAGAUGAUGGCAAUGGUGCAGGCCGACGGCGCGGCGGAGCUUUCCACGCCCGCGAAGGCCACCAGGUACUCGAGUAAGUUGCUGAGCGAGUGGUGCGCGUCGAGCGCCUCGGACACGUUCUGGAACGCCGACGCGGCCACGGCGCAGUUCAGGUCCCUCAACCGCUACAUCGGCAUCCUGAAGAACGAGAUUGACACGGCAGAGUUCGAGAACGCAGAGUCGGCGACCACCGACCAGCUGUCGAUGUCCAGGCUCCAGAUUAUCGAGGCAUCCAUGAAAAUUUUCAGCAAGAAGCGUUCCCCAGCCCUUCUUCAAGAGUUUAAGCCGUUCGACGCCUUCGUCCAGAGGUUCGCGGAGAGGGCGAAAGGUGGGGCGCCCCGUGAUCCAGAGAAAUGCUCCUCCGAUUUCUUCGAGAAUUAUCGCUUGGGCUUGGAGCUCGAGUAUUCGUUCGGCGCGUGCCCGAUCUCCAUCCAGAGGGUGAGCUCCAUGGUCUUGGCGAGGGCGGACGUCGACGAGAUGCGGGCCAAGAUCUUGGAGGGCAUGGUGGCUGCCCUGGUGAGGCCCGGCUUUCAGACGGCCAGCGUCGCCAAGAGGAUCGCGGACCAGUGCGAGGCGUUCCUGGAGAGUGCCCCGGAGGUUCUGCGACCCGAGAUCUCCGCCGUCGUCUGCAUUGCGAGGGCGACUCCCGGCCAGGAGCUCGAGCAGGUGAUGUCUGAGAUGAACGCCGCGGCGACUGACGCCCGCGCCCUUCAGCAGGCAUUCGGUCGCCACAAGCACCCGCACGGCCAGGCGAUCCUCGACCAGGCGGCCGCCGAGCUCAAGGAGUGGAAGAACUCUGCCGAGAAGUGGGGGGACAUCAAGGUUGAGUGGGAGCGCUUGGCAACCGUCGUCAAUGGGGGCAGAUCCGAGGCCAUUGGAGCCGACAGCGUGAAGGAUGGCAUCGUGAAGAUUAACAGCUGGGCAGAGUCCGUCACAGACUCCACGUGGUCGGUCAUGGGCGCCGCCGCCGGGGAUGAUCGCUGGGUGGCCCAGACCGCCUUUCUCAAGCACACGGACUUCGUGAUCGCGGAGACGUCUUUGCUGUUGAACACGUGGGCCAAGGCGACGCUGUCGCGGACCGAGACCUCGGGUCUGAAGGGUUCCCUCGUGAAGGCGGCGUGCAGGCCGGAGCUCAUGGGCAGCGCGAGCGCCAAGUUGAAGGAGCUCGCCGAGAUCCAGCUGAAUUACAAUUUGAUUGACCGCCGCUCGGUCGGGGAGGGGCCCGACUCUCUCGCCCGCAUUGCUGAGAGGCGUUCGGCUCUAUUGUUGCUCUCGCGGUGGUUCGGCUCUUCGGACCUGCUCGCGAAGGUGGGGGCGUCGAGCGCGGACCUGCAGGAGUGCGAUGCCAAGAAGUUCAUCGAAUUGGACACGCUCGACGCCAGCGCUGACCCCGCCCUGGUGGCCAUCCGCGCGAACGCCGACAUCGCCGCCUGCCUGGAGAAAGUGCGUCCUGAUGCGAGGCGGAAGGUCAUGGCGCAGUCCGCGCGGCCGCUGGCUGCUCUCGACGAGGGGCACGGCGCGAUCUGCAAAAUGAUCCAUGUCAUCGCCAAGGUGGAGCGCCUCGAGCUGAGCGGUGAGAUCGCAGGCGAGUUUGAGAAGGUGACGGCCGAUGUCGCGAGCGUCGCUGCCGCCUACGACGACGCUGCCUUCGCCGAGCUCGACUCGCAGAUGGUCAGGUGCGCGGCUGGCCCCGAGCGGUCGCGGGCCCAGCUGAAGCAACUCCUCGGGCAGUGGGCGAUGAAGCUCGCGAGCUUGAUCGACGUCUCGCGCCGCAAGGAGGUCGUGCGCGCCAACGGCAUGAAGGACUUCGCAUCGGCUUUCGAGGGGGCCUUCGUCAGGGCGACGGCGCUGCGCACAUUCCUGAAUGCGAACCGCAACAAGAUGGCCUCCGAUUUUGAGGUCGUCUGCGUGGGCUUGCCCACCGAGGAGGGCGUCUCCGUCGUGGACGCGCUGGAGCUCUACGGCAGCGACGUCUUGGAGAAGGCGCGCUCGGUCGCGGAGGCCGAGGCGAUGGACGUCGUCAGAGGCGUGUCGAAGUUGCACCCCGACAAGGACGUGCUUCUCAGUCCCGCGGUCCUCCGUUCAGCCGACCUGAAGGCCAGCAUCGCCACCAACCCGCAUCAUGGCGAGAUCGCCCCCGCCGUGAUGGCGGCGCUUGCCGCGAGGGACGCCCUGGCCAAGCUUCCCACCAAGAUCAUCCAGGCGCAGUCCGAGAGGGAGCUCAACAGCAGGGUGAACGUGGCCAAGGUGGCCAUCGGCUUGGAGUACUGUCUCCGCGUGCUGUCGGAGGUGGCGGCGCUGGAGACGCAGGAGAAGAAGGCCGCCAGAGUGGCGGCGGCCCUGGAGCGCAUGAGCAAGAAGGGCGUGAAGGUCCCGACGUACAUGAAGUCGCACCUUGACGCGCUGGCCUGCGAGGGGGGGGCCAGCGACGCCGUCCUGGCGCCUCAGCACCAGGGGCAGAGCAGGCCGCGCUUGCAGCGCGCCGCGAGGGAGCUGCGCGCACGCGAGGAACUGCCGUACCAGAGGAGACUCUUCGUGCUGGAGUGCGGCAGGUUCAGCUGGUACGAUCCCAGCCAGGACCCGUCCUCGAACUGCUGCAAGGGCUCCCUGGAUUUUGUGUUCAACCCCUCCGUGGUCGAGGAGGACCCCGGCGCGCCGGACAGCUUCUCCAUCAGGCCCGUCAACGGCCUCUGGGUCGUGGGCGGCUUCACAGGCGCCCACAGCGGGCGCGUGCUGGAGUUCCGGUGCUGCGACCCCAACCUGCCGCGCGCCAGGUGGCUCGAGGCUCUGAAGGCGCACGCCGAGUUCGGGCUGAGGAGCCACGAGGCCAUGCUGCCCCUGGCGGAGGCCCUGGGCCGCCACGGGCCGCUCCGGAGCCCGCUGCUCGGGGAGGCCACAGAGCCGAGCGCGCUUGCAGCGCCGACGGUGACCGUCACGCAGGCGGUCCCGACGGUGACCGUCACGCAGGCUGCUGGGCUCCCCGAGGAGCGCGCGGCGGCGGCCGCGCCUCCAGCGGCCGCGGGAGAGGAGGCCGAGCCCGAGGCCGCGCCUGCCGGCCUGGCGGCCGAGGGGGCGAAGCCCGAGGCCGCGGCGGCCGCCGGGGCGGCCGCGGGGGCGGAGCCGGAGGACAUGCCGGUGGUGUCGGCGCAGAGCUGACCCGCGGGCGCUUGCCCGCGCGCGCACGCGCGCGUCCCCAGAAGGCGCCCGGCGCGCCGCGAGGCCGCUGGAUCGCGAGGCCAGCGGCCGCGGCACGUGCCGCCGUGCGCCCGGCGCCUACCAGGGGGGGUGUAUUAUUCUGUCGCAUGUGCUGCCUGCGCCACGCCGGUUUUUCCAGGGCCCGGCGCCGAUGCCGCCCCUCGUCUUCCCUCGGUCCUCCUCCUGCCUUUUCUCGUCCGUGUCGGCCCGGCCCCCGGUCGGGCAGCCUCGCUCUUCCUCUGGCCCUGGUGCGCGAUUUGAAUGAACGGUGUCACCGCGCUGGCCCGCCGAGUUUCCUUGUGUUCUCCGCGCUGGCUGGGCCGCGGCGGAGGCCGAGACCCCUCCCUCAUCCUUUGGAACGCGCUCGUCUACUGCCCCUCUCCAGGUCCCCGCCCUCCUCGGCCUCGGGCUUUUUUUGUGGGGGGGAGAGCGCGUGCGAACUCGGCCGGUCGGGCUCGCUUUCUGCACCCCUCGCGCUGAGGGGUCGGCGGACACUCACAGCAUUCCAUUCCCGACAAUGGGAAGUGCAACCGCCCGCGUGCGCAUGCUCACCCGAGCGACGCUGCCCGGCCCCGC